UGUCCACGCGCCGCCAUGUUGUGUGAGGACGUCACCAAGCCGGAAGUGCUCAGUGUUUGUGCGGCUGCUCGCGGACGGAGGCUCGCGACUAAAACAUCUGUCCAGCUGUUCCUGCGCGCGGACCAUGGACGGGAACCAGAGACCAGACGCUCUGAGAACAUGAGCUCCUCCCACCUGUGUCCAGUGGAUGGCACCGACAGGCUGUGUGCUCCGUCCCGGGUCCUUCACCUGCGCCAGCUUCCUGCUGACGUCUCUGAACAGGAAGUUGUGUCUCUGGCCGCGCCGUUUGGUCGAGUUGCUAAACUGAUCGUACUGAAGGCCAAAAACCAGGCAUUUGUGGAGAUGGCGUCCGAGGACGCCGCCGCCGCCAUGAUGAACUACUACACCACAGCCACGCCCUCCAUCAGGAACCAGCCUGUCUUCAUCCAGUACUCCACCCACCGCGAGCUCAAAACCGACAACUCCACCAAUCAGAGAGCUCAGACAGCACUGCACUCUGGGAACAUGGCGUCAAGCGGAGAGGGGCGGGGCUUAGCUCUGGCUCAGCGUCCUGUUCUGCGAAUCAUCAUUGAGAAUUUAUUUUACCCGGUGACCCUGGAGGUGCUGCAGCAGAUCUUCAGUAAGUUCGGCUCGGUGUUGAAGAUCAUCACCUUCACCAGAAACAACCAGUUCCAGGCUCUGCUGCAGUUCAGCGACGCCGUGCACGCUCAGCACGCCAAGGCCGCUCUGGACGGCCAGAACAUCUAUAACGGUUGUUGUUCUCUGAGGAUCGAUUUCUCCAAACUGUCGUCUCUGAACGUGAAGUACAACAACGACAAGAGUCGGGAUUUCACGCGCGCCGACCUGCCGACGGGCGAGCUGGAGCCGCCCGCCGCCUUCGGUGUGGCGUUACCCCCGUACAGCGCCGCCGCGUUCCCGCCCACCUUCCACCAACACACAGGCGUCUCCAUGGCGACCGUCCCCAGCUCCUUGGUGUCUCCUCCUCGGGUUGCGCUCCACAUGGCGCCUCCUGCUGGGAACUCAGUGUUGCUGGUGUCCAACCUGAACCCAGAGAGUGUGUCUCCUCAUUGCCUCUUCAUCCUGUUUGGAGUUUACGGCGACGUGCAGAGAGUGAAAAUUCUAUUCAAUAAACAAGAAAAUGCUUUGAUUCAGAUGAGCGAUGGAACGCAGGCUCAGCUAGCCAUGAGUCACCUGAACGGCCAGCGUCUCCAUGGUAACGUGAUCCGGGUGACCCUGUCCAAGCACCCGGUGGUGCAGCUGCCCCGGGGGGGGGUGGGGCCGGAGGAGCAGGCGCUGACCCGGGACUUCUCCGGCUCCGCCCUCCACCGCUUCAAGAAGCCCGGCUCCAAGAACUUCAACAACAUCUUCCCUCCGUCGGCCACGCUGCACCUGUCCAACAUCCCCUCCUCCGUCAGCGAGGAGGCGCUGAAGGAGCUCUUCUCCUCCAGCGGCUUCACCGUCAAGGCCUUCAAGUUUUUCCAGAAGGACAGGAAGAUGGCGCUGCUGCAGCUGUCGUCGGUGGAGGAGGCCAUCGAGGCGCUGGUGGAGCUGCACGACCGUCAGCUGGACCACAACCAGCACCUCCGCGUGUCCUUCUCCAAGUCCACCAUCUGACCUCCUGACAUCCGAUUGGCUCCUGGCCCGGCGCCCUCUCCUGAUUGGCUGAUCUGUGGUUGUGUUUGUGAUCUCAGACUUUCUUCUGUGCCUUAUUUUCCAGGAUUUUCUGUCUGUGGGUUUCGGGUUUCGGGUUUCGGGUUUCGGGACGACUUCGUACUUGUUCCAGCUUCUUCUUUUGUUUUUUUUUAACAGUUUUUUAACUUUGUGAAAACUAUUUGUUGUUCUCUGAUUUGUUGUGGGUCUAAGUUUUUUAAAUCCUGAAUGUAUUUAUACUGUCCAGCAGGUGAUGCUCUGGAAGCCCCGCCCACCUGUCGCACCGGUGACUGUGUAUUUAUAUGUGUGUGUGUGUGUGUGUGUGUGUGUGUGUGUGUUUGUGUGUAUGUGUUUGUGUGUGAGUGUGUGGGGGGGGUCAAGGUAAAUUGUUAUUGAUUGAACUUUUUAAAGAAAAAUAUUUUAAUGAGAAACAGAACAGGAAGCUGCUGAUCUGGUUUGACCUUUGACCUUCCUCCAGAAUAAAUUCAGUUCCUCGCCUGGAAUCCUUCGUUUCUGUAGCAACAGGAAAUCUGAUUUUAAACAUGUUCAGGUGGGCGGGGCCAAACGCAGCGUGCCUUCUAAUUGGACCAAUUCAUUCUCUCACUUUGACAUCACUUCCUGUUUGGACCACCAUGUUUAGUUAGUAGCUCCUGAUGUAGCCCCGCCCAUUUCACACCUGUCUGAUUUUUGACCGAUUCUUCAACAAUUUGCAUUUUUGUUUUCUUUGAUGAUAAAGUCUGUUUUGGCGACAGGAAGUCCUCCCUCCUGCGCCUUUCACGAUGAGGCGACUGUGUUUUGUUUGAAGCUGAAUGUAACGUCGUCGUGGUGCAUUGUGGGUGCAGGGGGCGGGGAGCAGUGCAUGCUGGGAAACAUGCUGUUAUUUAUGGGGGUGGUAGCAUGAAUAAAGAGAACCAGCUGUGA